UCGUGUCGCUCGUGCGUGUGCGGUGGUGCAACGUGUGUCGCCGCGACACAUCGUAUAUUGUUAUCGCACGCGAUACGAUAAAGACAAAGAGCCGCGCGUUAUCUCUCGCGAGAGCGACCGAGCCGAGAGCGCACCCUCACAGGUUCGUCUCUCAUCGUGAUUCUCAUUUCCCCCUUUUUACCUCGUCGUCGUCGUCAUCGUCGUCGUCAUCGUCGUCGUUGUCCUCGUCGUUGCCUCGUGUCGCGAUCGAGCCAAAAUGGAAGAGAGAGAAUGCGCACGGCGAUCACGAAUAUCUGGUCCGCAUAACUGAGGAUCACGAGGGGGAAGCAUGCGGCAUGUAGAGCGCAUACAAAGAGAUUGCAACCUCGAUGCAACCCCAAUUGUGCUGAUGCAUCCCGACGCUCCGUGAGUCCGCCACCGAUCGCGUUGACCCAACAUCGUAUCUCCAUUAAACGUGUUAGGGCUGUGAAGAGAGUCUACAAUUAACGGAACACACACAGCGGGCAUUUAUAGUUGCUGCUAUCGAUGGCGGCCGCGAGUUUUCCUCCGAAUUUCUCGAACGUCGGUGUACUAGAGAAUUGCGCCGGUAUGGAGGCGACAAACGGCGCGAUCGAGCACGAUUUUCACAACGCGCUGGUGCCGAUAAACGGUAGCCAUUCAGGAAGCUCCGGCAGAAGUACGCCGAACGGCGGCGACCCGGCACCAGGCAAACUCUUCGUGGGCGGUCUGUCCUGGCAGACAAGCAGCGAAAAAUUGCGAGAAUACUUCAGCAUGUUCGGCACCGUCACCGACGUUCUCAUUAUGAAAGAUCCGGUUACGCAGCGUAGCCGCGGUUUCGGCUUCAUCACGUUUGCCGAGCCCGGUAGUGUCGACAAAGUCCUCAAAUGCUCCUUGCACACCUUGGAUGGCAAGAAGAUCGAUCCGAAGCACGCGACGCCAAAGAAUCGCGCGAAACAGACUAAUCGAACCAAGAAGAUCUUCGUGGGUGGUGUCAGUCAGGACACGAGCAGCGACGAGGUCAAGGCUUACUUCAAUCAGUUCGGGAAGGUGGAGGAGACUGUAAUGCUGAUGGAUCAGCAGACAAAACGUCAUCGAGGCUUCGGUUUUGUUACGUUCGAGAACGAGGAUGUGGUGGACCGCGUGUGCGAGAUCCAUUUCCACACGAUAAAGAACAAAAAGGUCGAGUGUAAGAAGGCGCAGCCCAAGGAGGCGGUGCAACCGGGCGCGCUCGCGCUCGGUAAGCGGGUGGUACUCGGCGCUUUGGGAGUGCGAUUGGCGCCGCAACCGCCGUUGCCGGUCGCGGCGGCCGCCUCGCAGUUAGUUGCCGCACAGGCACAAGCCGCGCAGGGGCAACAGGUCAAUACGACACAAUCCACUUUGCGCGACAGCAUCCGCGAGCGAGCGAGCGGAGGCUCUCCUCCGCUGUAUUACAUUGGCGGCACCGACGGAUAUGUAACAUAA